CUUGUGCGCGAGGGUUGCCGGCCACGUUCCGGGGUCCGUACGCCAGCGCCUGUCACCGCAGGGCGCCCUGGGAUAGCGGCGGGGCCGCGGGGAUCUUGACCUCUUCCCAAACACUCCUCAUGCAUCAUUUGCCUCUGACCUCUUUUCGAUCACCACUAUGGCGCCUCCCUAGGCCCCAUUCCCUUUCUACACAGUCAGAGACCCAUGGAUCUUCCAUUUCCCUGAGGAACCGUGAAGCCAAACAGAAGCGGCUGCGGGAGAAGCAGGCGGCACUGGAGGCUGGACUAGCUGGGAAGAAAAAGGCAUCUGCAGAAUCCACUAAAGCAUGGAGUCCUAAGGAAAUUCUAUUGUAUGAAAUCCCUACAGAACCUGGUGCAAAGAAAGAUGUCUCUGGGCCUUUGCCUCCUGCUUACAGUCCCCGGUAUGUUGAGGCUGCCUGGUACCCGUGGUGGGUGCGAGAGGGCUUCUUCAAACCGGAAUAUCAGGCACAACUGCCCCAGGCUACAGGGGAGACCUUUUCCAUGUGUAUCCCACCUCCCAAUGUCACUGGUUCCCUGCACAUCGGCCACGCACUCACAGUGGCCAUACAGGACACCCUCGUGCGCUGGCACCGGAUGCGUGGGGAUCAAGUGCUGUGGGUUCCUGGCUCAGAUCAUGCAGGAAUUGCUACACAAGCUGUGGUGGAGAAACAACUGUGGAAGGAGCAGGGAGUGAGGAGACAGGAGCUGAGCCGAGAAGACUUCCUUAGGGCGGUGUGGCAGUGGAAGGAGGUGAAAGGAGGAGAGAUUUGUGAGCAGCUGCGUGCUUUGGGUGCCUCCCUAGAUUGGGAUCGAGAGUGUUUUACCAUGGAUGCUGGCUCCUCAGUGGCUGUGACCGAAGCUUUUGUGCGACUCUACAAUGCAGGAUUGUUGUACCGGAACCGUCAGCUUGUUAACUGGUCGUGUGCUUUAAGAUCAGCUAUCUCGGAUAUUGAGGUGGAGAGCCGGCCCCUGACAGGCCGCACAGAGCUCCAGCUGCCUGGCUGUCCCACUCCUGUGUCUUUUGGUCUCCUUGUUUCUGUCGCCUUCCCUGUGGAUGGAGAGGCUGAUGCUGAGGUCGUAGUAGGAACCACGAGACCAGAGACCUUGCCUGGAGAUGUGGCUGUGGCCAUUCACCCCGAGGACUCCAGAUACACACAUCUACAUGGACGACAACUUCGCCAUCCCUUGACAGGACAGCUUCUCCCCCUCAUCACAGACACUGCUGUUCAGCCACAUAUGGGCACAGGGGCAGUGAAGGUGACUCCAGCUCAUAGUCCUGCUGAUGCCGAGAUGGGGGCCCGACAUGGCUUGAGCCCACUGAGUGUCAUUGCGGAGGAUGGGACCAUGACUUCCCUCUGUGGGGACUGGCUGCAGGGUGUUCACCGAUUUGUGGCCCGGGAAAAGAUUGUGUCUGCACUGAGGGAGCAGGGCCUGUUCCGGGGCCUCCAGGAACACCCCAUGGUGCUGCCCAUCUGCAGCCGUUCCGGAGACGUGGUAGAAUACCUACUCAAGAGCCAGUGGUUUGUCCGCUGCCGGGAAAUGGGGGACCGAGCUGCCAAGGCUGUGGAGUCAGGUGCCCUGGAGCUCUCUCCCUCCUUCCACCAGAAGAAUUGGCAGCACUGGUUUGCCCACAUUGGAGACUGGUGUGUCUCCCGGCAGCUGUGGUGGGGCCAUCAGAUUCCAGCCUACCUGGUCAUCAGGGAGCAUGUGAAGGAUGACAAGGAGGACUGUUGGGUGGUGGCGCGUUCAGAGGCUGAGGCCAGAGAGGUAGCAGCAGAACUGACAGGGAUACCAGGCACAGAGCUGACCCUGGAGAGGGACCCUGAUGUCCUGGACACAUGGUUUUCUUCAGCUCUUUUCCCUUUUUCUGCCCUGGGCUGGCCCCAAGAGACCCCAGACCUUGCUCGUUUCUACCCACUGUCGCUUUUGGAAACAGGCAGUGAUCUCCUGCUGUUCUGGGUGGGCCGCAUGGUCAUGUUGGGGAUCCAGCUCACUGGGCAGCUCCCCUUCAGCAAGGUACUUCUUCAUUCCAUGGUUCGGGACAGGCAGGGCCGGAAGAUGAGCAAGUCCCUGGGGAAUGUUCUGGACCCACGGGACAUCAUCAGUGGGGUGGAGCUACAGGUACUACAGACAAAGCUGGGAGAUGGGAACUUGGAUCCUGCAGAGCUGGCCAUUGCAGCUGCAGCACAGAAAAAGGACUUUCCUCAUGGGAUCCCUGAGUGUGGGACAGAUGCCCUGAGAUUUGCACUGUGCUCCCAUGGAGUCCUGGGGGGCGACCUGCACCUGUCUGUCUCUGAGGUCCUAAGCUACCGCCAUUUCUGCAACAAGAUUUGGAAUGCCCUGCGCUUUAUCCUCAAUGCCCUAGGGGAGAACUUUGUCCCCCAGCCUGCAGAGCAUAUCUCUCCCUCCUCCCCCAUGGACACCUGGAUUCUCAGCCGCCUGGCCCUUGCUGCCCGGGAGUGUGAGCGGGGCUUCCUCAUGAGGGAGCUCUCGCUCGUCACCCACACCCUGCACCACUUCUGGCUCCAUGACCUCUGUGAUGUCUACCUGGAAGCUGUGAAGCCGGUGCUGUCACAUGUGCCCCGCCCUUCAGGGCCUCCUCAGGUCCUGUUCUCCUGUGCAGAUGUUGGUCUCCGCCUCCUAGCCCCACUGAUGCCCUUCCUGACUGAAGAGCUCUGGCAGAGGCUGCCCCCAAGGGCUGGCAGUCCCCCUCCCCCCAGUGUCUCUGUGGCCCCUUUCCCCAGUGCCCACAGUUUGGAACACUGGCGCCAGCCCGAGCUUGAGCGACAUUUCUCCAAGGUCCAGGAUGCUGUACAGGUGCUGAGGGCUCUCCGAGCCACCUACCAGCUCACCAAAGCCCGGCCCCGAGUGCUGCUGCAGAUCUUGGAGCCAGGGGAGCAAGAUCUUUUCCAGACCUUCCUGGAGCCCCUAGGCACCCUAGGCCAUUGUGGGGCUGUUGGUUUCCUACCACCAGAUGCAGAAGCUCCCACUGGCUGGGCCCAGGCCCCACUCAGUGACACUGCUCAAGUCUACAUGGAGCUUCAGGGCCUGGUGGACCCCCAGACCCAGCUACCUUUGCUUGCUGCCCGAAGAGACAAGCUGCAGAAGCAGCUUGAUGGCCUCAUGGCCCGGAACCCAUCAGAAGGGGAGGCAGAGACCCAGAGGCAGCAAAGGCUUUCCUCCCUCCACCUGGAAUUGUCAAAACUGGACCAGGCAGCCUCUCACCUCCAGCAGCUGAUGAAUGAAUCUUCUGGCCCCAGGAGCUCUGAGCUCUAACUUACCAUCCCUGUCAGUCCUCCCUCCUACACAUGUGUCUGGGGACUGCAGAUCUGUCAGUGGUUAGGGUAUGUUGAGAACUCAGACUAAUGGUCUAUCUUCCUCAUUUUGUAAUUGAGGAAGCAGACUGGCCUGGUCACCAUGUCUGGUGUCAAGAUGCCAAGUUACCCACUAGCCUCCCACUUGUUCAGGGUUAUCCCUGAGUAGUCCUACUAGGACAUUUGGGAUUGAGGAGAUUCAGAUAAACUUUAAAAAUCUCAAACACAGAGCCAGGUAGCAGUGGCACACAUCUGUAAUCCCAGUUGUUAGGGAGGCUGAGGCAGGAGGAUUGCAAGUUCAAGGCCAACCUGGCAACUUAGCAAGA